CAUUUCCAUUUUAUCGGUUGUCGAGCUCGGUUGUUUGAGGACAGAGAUAGAGCUUCCUGCGGUUUUGCUCGAUAUCUUGGGUGUGUUCGUCGUUUAUGAGUGACUAUUACUUUGCUUUUUGAAUAAUAGUUUUCGUGAAAACAAAGUAAGUGUAGUGUGCAUUAUGUUACGGUUCUUGUUGGACUCAUUUUGGAACGAAGAUGUGUGGUUACCGCCGAAUACGACUUGGGAAGAUAUCGCUCCUGGGGCUGAUAAAGCCGUGGUUUACCCCAAAUACUGGGAUGUUCUGUACGCAAUACCCCUGGCUCUCGUGCUCAUAGCAUUCAGAUAUGUGCUGAACAAAUAUUGGUUCACACCAUUUGGAUUGUCACUGGGUAUAAAGAAUACCAGAUCCAAAAAAGCCCCUUCGAAUCCAAAAUUAGAAGCAGCAUAUCAACAAACACCUAAAAUCAAACAUAAGCAGCAUUUACCAACAAUGGCUGUUAUGUGA